GGCCAACAAAAAUUAUUCAAAAUUGUUAUUUACAUCGACUAAAAGUUCGAAAUAAGUGCUUCAAAACGAUGAUGCUUGGAACGGCUGUCCUGUUGGACGGUUUGAAAGAGCCACUCGAGGAAACCAUUCACUACUGCUACGUGUGCAAUACAGCGGUAUCGAGUACGAUCAACAACCUCCGUCAACUAUUUCCGGCAAUAAGUGAAGACGACGAUUCGCUCACUCCGGCCACUGUUCUAGCCAACAUCUUACAGUUCGAUAUAACACCAGAGCUGUCCCAUUCGCAAGUACUUUGUACCGACUGCAACUCGCUUUGCGACGAGUAUCAGCAGCUGUUAGAUCGGCUGGAUUCGAUCAAAUUACAACUAACGGUUAGUUAUAAUAGUACGGUUACAAAACUAGCGGCCAGUUUAACGGCACGAGAAUUGGUUGAAGCUGAGGCAGAAGCACUGGAUGAUUCCAGUGUGUCCCAGGAUUUAGUCCUACAUGAUGUAGAUCCCAGAGUCGAUGGUAUUGAUCUCGGAGAUUUGACCGGGGUAGUAUCUGUAGCCGAUAUAGAUUCCGAUAGUGAAACGCUGCAAGAAAUGCAAAUAGUCAGCCACCUACCAAAACAGAACGAACUUUGUCCGGAGCAAAUUCUACCGGCGAAAAACUCCCGAUCCAUCGUUAAAGUUCAACAGCAGACAGUAACUGGCGCUAACAGCACGGUAACGUGCGCCACGGAUAAACCAUUUGUCGACAUUUGCGAGGUUCCAUCAACUGCCAUAAGCAUGGAACAAUUUUUCGAUAGUGGCGAUGGCAAUAUGGUGGAAAUUAUUGCCGAUAGUAACUCUACGGACUAUAUCUACGACAGUGUUAUCGAAACUAUCGGGAUUGUCACGGAGGAAGACGUUGGCGACGAAAGCGAACACGUUGGUUUGACGAGUCAACACUUGUCCCUGGAAGAACGUGCAUUCGGCACGGAGAGUGAAUCGGACAGUGCCCAGGUGCUGAUUGAGGCAGCAAACGACAGCCUCAACCGGAUGAAGACCCGACUGGAAUCGCUUUUCUUCAAAACCAACGACACCUACUAUUGCGCCCUAUGUAAAGCUGCCAACGGCCCGUCGACAGCGCACAACGUAAAAACCGUUGCGUUGCAUCUGAAAACGGAACACAAGGAAAAGAUUCUGAUCUGCGAGCACUGCGAUGCCGUGUUUCAUCGUCGAACGGAAUACAACGAACAUCUGGAUCAGCAUGCCGCCUCGGAGCUGGUCGGGUUUCGCUGCGACAUCUGUUCGACCAACUUCAACAACAUUCGAGCACUGCGGAUGCAUCGCAAAAAUCACAUGGGCCCUCCCAAGGUAUGGGCCUGUGAGGUAUGCCAGAAAAAGUACACCUCAAAGAAUCUGCUUGAUGAGCACAUGAACAUGCACUCUGGAAAGCGGCCGUUCAAGUGUCCACACUGCCCAAAGGAUUUUGCAUCCAAAUACACUUUGGCCGCGCACAUGAAAAUUCACCAGGACCGCGAGAGAGUUUUCAACUGCAAGGAGUGUGGUAAAGGCUUCUACAACCAAAGUAAUCUACUGCAGCACGAAAAGAUCCACACUGGUGUGCGGGAUUAUGCUUGUACGGAGUGCGAAAAAACAUUCAUGUCCCAGCAUAACCUCGAUAUUCAUCGCAUUGUGCACUUGAACUAUAAACCUUUCAUUUGUCGUACCUGUGGUAAAGGCUUCGCUAGGAAGGCCGAAAUUAAGGAUCACGAGAGAACACACACAGGCGAGCGUCCAUUCGUUUGCGAUAUCUGUGAAGCCAGUUUUUCGCAGCGAUCGAACCUGCAGUCCCACAAACGGGCGACACAUUUCAACGAUCUCCGGUACAGUUGUGAACUGUGCGGCCGACGGUUCAAGCGCCGCCGACUACUCGACUACCACAUAAAGGCCUGUCACACCGGAGAGCGACCGUACAAAUGUGAUAUCUGUUCCGCAACGUUCGUCUAUCCGGAGCACUUCAAAAAGCAUCAAAAAAUUCACACCGGUUCCAAACCGUUCGCCUGCGAGGUCUGCAACAAAACGUUCAACAGCCGGGACAAUCGCAAUGCGCACCGCUUCGUUCACAGCGAUAAAAAACCGUACGAGUGCGUGACCUGCGGUGCCGGCUUCAUGCGUAAACCACAACUCUACGCGCACAUGCAACAGCGCAGCCAUCUGAAUGAUACCAUAGUAGUCAAUCAACCCAGAAUUACGAACGAUGACAUGCUGGAGUUUGAUACUACUACGGAUUCCAUUGGAGAUCCAGUCGAAUUGGAUUUCAAAGAUGCUAUUAUCCUGAAAGAGGAAACGGAUGAAUACUAUAUAGAAGAAGAGGACAUCGAUGAAGGCGAGGUAGUGCUGGCAACUAGCUCGAGUCAAGCGCACCUCAACGCAGUUGAACUGACGGAUUCGACGGCUUUGCUCGCUUCCUCCGAGGAGUUCAUAGACGAAUCGGACAUCAUCAGCCAUGAUGGCGAAGAGCUGCAGCUGGUCAAACUGCAACUUACUAACUCGAACGGGAAGGAUGGCAUUACCUGGGUGAACCUGGUAUCUCAAUAAUAGCUAGAGUUAGAGUUA